UUUAGUUUUAUAAAAAUAAGAAUUUUUAGAAAGAUGAACAUCAAGCAUAACACUGACAUUGCCUUGAAGAAGUCUCUUAUCGAGAAGAAGUUGGAAGAGAGUGGCGAAAAAGCCAGACUCGAAGAACAUUUGAGACAAAAAUUGAUCGAAAGUGGGUGGAAAGACCAACUGAAAGAGUCUUGCAUGGAACUUAUCAGAAACAAAGGACUUGAGAAGAUCAACCUUGAUGAUCUUGUUGAAGAGCUUCUUCCAAAGGGAAGAUCCCUUGUCAAAACCGAAAUUAAGGAGGAUCUUCUUGGAAGAAUUAAGAGCUAUCUAGAGUCUGAUCCAGACUACAGAAGAAUCACUGGGUUCUAGACUUUCAGCAAUUCAUAGUCUUUCAAUUU